UAGACGAUUAUUUACACCAAAAUUCAAGAGUUUUUUAUUCGCCGUGCUUGAGCGUGCCAAACAAGGAAUUUGACUUCGGUAAAAACACACCCUCUGUUCAACAUUUAGGUGACUAACAACACUCAGGACAUGUGAAGAAUGGCAAAUAUUCUCAAACAUCCCCUGAUCUUAAACUCCCAAAAGGGCAAGGAAAAAACUCAAAACUCCAACUAGGGGAAAUGAGAAACCAUGAGAAGAGACCACAGAUGGGAAGGUCCCUUAUCCAGGAUGACCAGGCUGCAAUGGAUGCAGAGAGGACACAUAGUACAAACAGUGUAGACAAAUUCAAAAAAGGUGUGGAGAGCAGGAUGUUAUUGCACAGUAAUGACUCUGAGACUCUAAGAGUGGUGUGAGUUCAUCAGAGCAACAGCCUGGGGGAAGAAGCUGUCUCUGUGUCUGCUGGUUUUGGCGUACCGAGCUCUAUAACGCCGUCCGGAGGGGAGUAAUUCAAACGGGCUGCAACCUGGGUGAGAAGGGUCUUUAGAGAUGCUCCUUGCACGUUUCCUAAAGGAGAGAAAAUACCAGAAGAAGACUGUCCGAUGUUUAACAGCGCUUCUCUGGUAAAAGUGAUCCGGGAUGACACAGAAAACACACAAAAUAAGACAAAAAAACAGAGAGCGGCUCACCGUGGCUGCCAUCCGCGGCGCCAUCAUAUGACGUCACCAGUGCAUCAAGUAAACCGCAAACCCGUCUGGUACCGAAUUGUUUGCACAUUAUCCUUUCGUGUUCUUCCCACCCGCCCUGGUGAUGGCGCCGCAGAAAAUCAUCCCGUGGUCGGUGAGCGAGGUCACGCAAUUCCUGAUGCUGGUGGCCGACGAGAAGAUCCAAGUUGAGCUGGACGGCACUCGCAACGAGAAGGUGUACCGCGAGCUGGCCCAGCGAAUGGCCUCCUUUGGCUACAAUCGGACUUUCCGCCAGUGCCGCGAGAAACUCAAGAAGCUCAAGAGCGACUACCGGGCCAUUAAAGACAACAACUGCCGCGGAGGCUCCAACCGCAAGAGCUGGAAGUGGUUCGGACAUAUGGACGCCAUUUACGGACACCGGGUUCGGAACAGCUGCAGCAACCUGAGGGACGACUCCAAUUUUCUGGAAGUUAUCACUGAGGACGACUUGAGCCCCAUAGUGCAAAGGUCAAAAUUGGAGGAUAGCACUUUGAGCUCCAAAGGCGACCCUGCUGUCCUUUCCGAAUCAAUGGCCACCCUGCCUCAACACUCCGAGGUGGACUCCGAUGCAGAAGAAGACGACGAUGUCAGUGUGCCUGAAAUGUCACCGCCAAAGCGCAAUGGACGUCGGAGGGCGCCGCGCGACUCUGACCUGGCGGCUGUUCUGCGUGAUAUUCACUCGGCUGAUGUGGUUCACCACCGCGUAGAAGAGGCGCAGCAGGAGCGCGCCGUCCGCCUUCAGGAACUUCAGCUACAGCAACGGGCAGAACAUUUCCAGCUAGCCCUGGAGGAAAUGAGAUUGUCCAGGGAGACAGAAGAAGCUCUCAGGAGACAGGAGCUGGAUGCAACCAACACCUUUAACCAGGCCUUCUUGGCCAUGCUCGGGAAGCUGGUGGAGAGCUCCAACUCGCAAUGACCAUAAAUGGCCCAAUGGUAUGGCUGCAUGGACAAAAUACUUGGAACACCCGCAGGAGGUUGAGGAAAUACUGGGAAGCUUUUGUGAAGUUGGUAACCAGUGAAGAUGACAAAAGUGUAGAAGGUACCAAUGAGCUUGCUAAAAUUGUGUAACCAUGAAGCGAUGUUGACAAAAUGGUGGAAACGUUCCAUUGAUGUUGACGAAAUGGUGGACAUUCCACAAGAGGCUGACUUAAUAGCGUAACCUUUGCAGUGACAAAAUAGUGACAUUCUCAUAAUGUUCUAUCGACCAAAAUGGCAGAAUAUUCAAUGGACAAAGUGGCGGAAUGAUCUCGUGACAAAAUGGUGGAAAUGUUUCACUUAACAGAAAUGCAAAAUAUAAAAUAUUUCAGUGAGAAAAUUGCUGAUGUUAUCUGAAUGUACAUUAUAGUUUCCGUCCAAGUCUAUCAGGCCAAAGUAUGUAAAAAAGUUUUUAUUGUUAAAGAAAUAAAAAACAUUUGUAUUUAACUGUAUAACUGUAAACAUAACAAUGUUCAUUAAAUAUAAAUUUAGA